AUGUAUGAAAUUCCCUGCAAAAGUGUGAAUAAUAAAUGUCUUCGUGGUGCGGCUGCGGCCUCCGUGGCCGCCAAGAAAGCCAGGUUGGAGGCGGCGGCGUCAAUGAGCCGCGGGAGCACCGCUCCCAUUGCCACACCUCCUCCUGCUUCUCUUGCGGCCGCGGCGGUUCUGCCGGUCGGUGCGUCUGCGUCCGGUCCGUCCCCUCCCGCACGCCCGAGCCCUGCUCGGGAUGCUGCUGGGUUGGGUCCGCAGGGUCCCGCGGUUCCUUCGCCUUCUCCCUGUGGGGAGGCUCCAGUGCAGUCUCUGGCCAGCAUCACCACUUGUCUGCACUGUGCUAAGCAGCUGAAGAAGAGAGGGAUUUUAUACAUCUAUUUCUUCUCUCACUUCUGUUAUUUCUGUUAUAUCUGUAACAAUGACUCCUGUCUCUCUCAGAUAAAGAUAUCAGUACUGAAGACUUUAACAGUGAAGAAUGAGUUUGAUAAGAGUGUGAUUAUUGAUGAGUAG